GUGCAGACUUCUGCUUCAUACACCUUAUUGCGGCCAGCAAACAUCAAUCCUCUGCCUGCUCCUUCGGUGGCAGAUCGUUCUACAACGCCAUUUAACUACAAACUAGUCGUUCUCGUUGUAUAGAGAAAUAUAGAUUUUGCGCAAGCGACGUAGUAACAAGUGCUUGUAGUACUCGGUGUUUUAUUUUGUUCGCAAAGAAGUCUAGAACAUCAAUAUGUCGGAAGAUCGAGAAUAUGAACUGCAAAACAAAGUAUCGCACUCGUAUAAAUGCAUUACAAAUUUCCUCAGCGUGAGAAAUAAGAUUUGUAAUGCUUCAGAAAAAAAUUUGUGAUGCCAGACCUGCAUUUAUACGAAUACGAUGCUUUUGCACAGGAUAGAGAAGGGAAUGUGUACAUGGCGAAACUGGCCGAACAGGCUGAACGCUACGAUGAAAUGGCAGAGUACAUGAAAAAGGUAGAAUCUGUGAUGCGUUACCCGCAUGAUGAAGAUGACGGUGCAGUUUUUUUUUUUGCUUUGUAGUUUCCGCAUGACAAACUGCAACUAAUGGAUGUGGUCCAGAAGAGGUCUCAUUGAAUUAUGAGGUAUUUCUCAUUUCACGAUGAAAAACAAAGGUUGCCGAGUCCGACCAGGAUCUUUCUGUUGAGGAGAGAAACCUACUUUCAGUGGCCUACAAGAACGCCGUCGGGUCUCGGAGGGCUUCCUGGCGUAUCGUUUUUUUCCACAAUAAUUUUCGAAGAAUGUAUUUGCAUUGGCAUGACGGAUGGGAUCUCCGCAUGACAAACAUCAUCAAGGAUGGGUUUUCCGCAUGACAAAGAUCAUCGCACUGUCGAGGUAUCGUCUCUUCCGUCGAACAGAAGGAGGUCCAGCGAGGCUCCGCCCACGCUAUCAACCGCAAAUAUGUCUGGGUCUGGAACGGUGGAACUUGUACUGCUGCUUUUGUACAUUCCAAAAAAAUCUGUAUUGCCGGAGCAGCAAGAGAAUUCUAGCUUUUAUUACGCGGACAGGGCAUGAUUUCUCAUGCGGGAUAGGCAUCGAGAAGCACUCAGAAAAUCUGUGAUGCUAGGGAAUAUAUCUAUCACAGACGUCAACACGGGUCAUGUAAAAUCUGCAUGGCAAGUUGCAACCUUCCAGACCCUGACAUAUUUACAACGCAUACACGCCGCGCACCCGCCAAAGUACCGAGAAAAGAUCGAAACGGAAUUGGAUGACAUUUGCGGCUAUCAAAUGCAAAAAUGUCUGGGUCUGGAGGAUUUCUAGAUUUGUCAUGCAUAUUUUCCCUGACCAUGAUGUCUGUGAUGCAGGCCGUAGCAUCACAGAUUUUUAGAGCGCUUCGUGAUACCUCUACAGCAUGAGAAAUGCCCUCUCCGCGCAGCACAAACUGGAGUCCUCUUGCUGGUCAUGCAAUGCAAUUUUUUUCAGAAUCCAGAGACAGCAUCACAAGUUCAGAAUGAUCCAGACCCAGACAUUUUUGCAUUUGAUAGCGGCCAGAUUUUGAGUCUCUUGGAAAAAUCGCUGAUUGCGCCAGAAACAGCCGCGGGAAAGGAAGAGUCGCAGGUAGAUGAUUUGAUGUUUUUGCACUGCACCUCCUGCAGAAAUAAAUGCGCAUGAAAUGUUGAUGAUGAGCAAUCUUUCAUUCCGACUGUGACCAAGUGAAGAACACGCAAAAAACGGCAUUUUCAAUGAAAACUUUCGUCAAGGUCUUCUACUACAAGAUGAAGGGGGACUACCACCGCUACAUAUCAAAUGCAAAAAUGUCUGGGUCUGGAAGAGUGCAAGUUUGUCAUGCUUGUCUGGCAUGACUCGAGAAUCUGUGUUGCACAGGCGCGAAAAGGCCCUCUGACCUGUCAUGCAAGAACGCAGUUUGCCAUGCGGAAUACGUAAGGCAUGGCAGCCAAAAAAUUUGUCAUGCAUAGCUGCGUAGUGCAGUGCGUCUACCAUCCACUUUUAGCAUUACAAGUUUCAAUCCAGACCCAGACAUUUUUGCAUUUGAUAUUACAUCGCAGAAUACAAGGCCGACGACGGGAAGACGAAAGCCGCCGAGGCGGCGCGGGAAGCCUACAAGAAUGCGAUGGAUGUUAUGGAUUGCAAAUAUGUCGGGGUCUGUUAGAUUCUAAACUUGUGAUGCUGUCUCUGGAUUCGAAAAAAAUUUGUAUUGCGUGACCAGUAAGGGGAGUACAUUUUGUGCUCCGCGGAGAUGGCAUUUGUCAUGCGGAAUAGGCAUGAGGAAGCGCUCUAAAAAGCUGUGAUGCCAGGCCAUGCAUCACAGGCGUUAUGGAUCGUGCAGAAUAUGCAUGACAAACUUGCAUUCUUCCAGACCCAGACAUUUUUGCACUUGAUAGAUGUCGCCGAGAAAGGAUUGCUGGUCACCCAUCCGAUCAGGCUCGGACUGGCGCUCAACUUCUCGGUAAAGAACAUUCAGUGGGUUCUUGACUUGUUUGCUGUAGGGGUUUUUCGCAUGACAAAACGGUUUUCAAUAUUUUGUUGCGCAUGACAAAUUCCAAUCGGAAAAAUAUCAGGUCUUCUACUACGAAGUGCUGAACCAGCCGGAGGAAGCGUGCUCCAUGGCGAGGAAAGCCUUCGAAGACGCCAUUAUAUGCUUUGCAAAAAAGAUCCCUGGAUGUUCGGAUUUGUCAUGCGAAUUUUGAAGGACAGCAUGCAUCUGUGUUGCAUAUAAUGCGACUGGCACUGGCCAACUUUUUUGUCAUGUUGUGAAACUCAGUCUGCAACUGUCCUGCGUUUUACGAAUCUGAAUCUGCAAAAAUAAGCCUCGCAAACUUUCUCAUGCGGUCAUGGGUUGCUAGUACUCUGCAAAAAUGAAAGCUUUAGGACACAAGUUGCCAGACGUCCAGGGAUAAAGAUGUUUGCAAUGCAUACAUUGCGGAGUUAGACAACGUUUCGGAAGAAAGCUACAAGGACUCGACCUUGAUCAUGCAGCUGUUGCGAGACAACCUGACCCUGUGGACCUCCGCGGAUGAAGCGCAGUGAAAUGCGGAAAUUUUUCAACAACAUCAACGUCAUCGGGUGUGAGAGUGGAAUCCCAUGAUUUUCAUUCGAAAGUACUAACUGGAACCUUUUCAGAUAGACCAGGAGGAAUGUCAAGGCUUCGCCGGUCAUCUUGAUGGGAUCAUAGGAGGAUGUGGUAGGAACAGGAAGACGAGGUGUUUGUAACUAAAAAUUUGCCGGAAGUGGUCACGUAUAAUUGACAGGAAAGAACGAAUAAGUACUUAGCUCAGUCGGGAUUUGAGUAUUAUGUGUAAAUCUAAACUUGUGAUUGCGAGGAACGGCAAAACUGCAGUACAACCGCAGGAGAACGAGAAGAAGAGUCUGUACUUUAGAAGGAGAAGCAGAAGCCUUCAUCUUCUUUGAACAAAAUUAUUGAUGUCUUUUUCGUAAU